AUGGCAACUAGUCGUGAGGAGCGCAUGCACGAGAGGCUGCGCGGAGGCCGAGUACACCAAGUGGAGGAUAUAUCAUUUGGUGAAUUCGUUUUACUUGAUGAAGAGGAGCCAUUAGCUGAACCCGAGUCAGAACCUUUGGAAGGCGAGGAAGAGCCAUCAGGUGCAGACUCAGAUCAACCGCAAGCACCAUCGGAAAAGGUUGCAAGUAGCCCUCAGGAUAUAUCCCAGCCGAGUCAACUUUUAAGAACCGAGGUGGCAGCAACUUCUUCCCCCAAUGCCGGUCAUGGGACACCUGAGGCUGCAGGCGAUCAAGCCAGACCUCCCAGCGGUAGCAUCUCUCGAUCAGCAAAGAAGACUACAAAACCUCCCGAAGAAGUGACGGAAAGCCCGGCCGAUGCUCCAGGCAGUGGGCAUAGGAGGAGGGUACCGGCACGCAUUAGCGCUGCUGCCAACCAGAGUGCUAUUCUGCAGCAGUAUCUAUCAUCGGGCCAACGGGAUCCUGAUCAUACUGUUGAUUCUUCAUCGCCAGCGGAGAGAAGAUUGCGAGCAAAGAGGCUGUCAGCAGCCCCCAGAGGCGGCCCCGUGGCACCAGCGUCCUCAUCAUCGAGGAGAAGCGCUAGGUUGUCACAGGCUUCAGACGAUGCCGCAGUCAACGAGAUGACGGGCGCAGGUCUAGACGCCACGGGCAAGGACUCUGAUAUUGCAGCUAAUGAACAGUCCCUGGAAAAUCGGACGGUGACAGCGACAGUAACUGUUACACAGUCCUCCCCGAUUGCCAGGAUACUACAGAAAACGCGGGGAAGAGGAAGACCGCGAAUCUCACAACAUAAGGUCAUCGAGGCUACCAGCCCGGUGCUUGAACAGCAGCCUCAAAAGCAGCCGGCCGUCGAGGAGGACACCACCAACGAGCUAUCCCCGAUACCUUCUGAAGUGUCACAAGGAGCUGACGGUAGUGCCGGGUCCGCUCCACACAUUGGGGGUACCCCCAGCCAUCCUAUUCCUGGAGAUGCGGAGGAAGCUGAAGAAUCUUUGGAGGCCGAGGAAACGAACGACCAAGAGGCAGCUAUAAGACUAGGUCACAAACGUCCUCGUGUAGAUCUUCUGGAUGCGUCUCCAGACUUGAGCUCGACCGCGGAAGAACGCCAGCCGAAGGCAGCAAAGCGCCGCCGGGCGGCACCAUUGGCAACGAGCCCGACAGUACAGAAACAGCCUGCAGCCAAGGCUCUGAAAACAACGACGAAGAAGAAGCCCGGUCCAGGCCGGUCAAAGGGCAAGAAAACAGCGCCUACAGAUGACAAUGAGCCCGAACGUCAACGGGGCGGUUCUAUUCAAGUCCCUGUUCAACGAUUUACACGGCCAAAACCAGGCGGUAUGGAUGAUGAAGGCGGCGCAGAUGAUGAUGACAACGAGAUGCUGGGGAUGACUAUACCUUUUGCAGGUCGUGAAGGCGUCAACUCUGUUGAUGUCCUGUCACAACUAUGUGAAGAGGUGACGGCAAAUGUGUUGAGGAUUCUCCGGAACAAAGUUUCCGGGGUGGAAGAAGCUGCGACGAGGAGAGAACUCAAGACAAAGAUUGGUGCAGUAGAGGCGUUCCGAGAGGAACUGCGGACCAACAUGCUCGAGCAUACCAUUGCGCUCGAUAAUCUUCAGACUCUUCGAAGACGUCUGCGAUCUGCACAGAGGGAGAAGCGCAUACUGCGUGAUCAGAUCCUCAAUGUGAGAAAAGAGCGUGAACAGGUCGCGCUACGCAGGGACGCGCUUCGGAUGAAACAUGAAAAUGAAAGCCAAAAGAUCAUGCAUCGCCUCCAUAUCUCAUCUACCAUGCAAGACAUCGAGCUAGCCGUUGAGGAGGGUCGAUCAGCACCUGAGCUUUCGACAAAAGAGCAGAAGCAGGCCGAUCUGGCGAAUUUGGAGCUGCUCAUGCUGAGAGUUGGAGACCAGAUCCGUCCAAACGGGCAUGGUCUUGGUGUGCUGGACCAAGUGAAGAGUUUCAAUGCGUAUCUUGAAAGAGCUGCAGCAGCACUUCAGGGGAGAUGA